AUGCGGUGGGCGUUGAUCACUCUGGCAGGAGCCCUGAGCUUCUCAGGAGUAUCAGCUCUUAUUGACUCAGCAAUCGAUACCAAGGUCAUCGUGCAUCCACGAGCACAACUUUACGGUACAGGUGACAUCGUGAACACUGUUGCACAACAGUUCGAGGAGCGUAAUGCUACAACACCAAACCUCGACUCCCGCUCUUCUCACUACCUGUUACCUCGGCAAGCGGCAGGCCGUUGCGGUGUUGAGUUUAGCAAUCAGAGAUGCGGUGGUAAUCAAUGCUGCUCAAGUUAUGGCUACUGCGGAUCAGAGUUCGAGCACUGUGGCAUUAUUGUCGGAUGUCAGCCUGACUUUGGAAGGUGUGGUGAUGCAGCACCAGGGCCAACCACUACGCCAACGCUAACUCCCACGCCUCUGCCACCAACAAGCUCAGUCACUGUUCCUUCAAGCUCGUCGGCUCUACCGCCGCUGCCCUCCGGCACUCUGAUUCCCUCCACGAACGGGCAAUGCGGAAACGUAACAACAUGUACGGGCUCCGUCUUCGGAAGUUGCUGCUCGGAGUACUAUUACUGCGGCAACUCCCUUGACUUCUGCGGCACUGGGUGUCGCCUCGACUUUGGAGGUUGUGGUAGUGUGGCACCACCGCCGCCGGGCUCUUCUUCCUCGAUCCCUAUCCCUGUUCCUCCCGGCAGCUCCUCAACCAGGCCAUCGCCCACUCCUACUCCCACCCCAACAACGACACCAACGCCUAGCCCAACCUCUUCUGCGGCACCUAUCCCGACCAACGUCAUACUUUCGGGAGAUGCUGUUCGAGCUAUGGAUGGUGUGGCAAUGGGCAGGAUGACUACUGUAGAUUGUCGUGGGGUUGCCAGCCGCAGUUUGGGACAUGCGGCUAGUAAAAGCUCUCCAUACCGUGUGGCAAGAUCGAACGAGCUUGCGAACAGGGGUAAGCAGUAUAUAGUAUGCCCAACCACUCCGUCUACACUUCAUUGUCAGCAUCAAGUCUAUUCAUCAAUCACAAAUAUGCACUUCUCUUCUCUUCAACUGGCUUUGGUUGCCGCGGCGCCUCUCGCCUCUGCCUGGCCAACGGCCAUCUUGGAGGCUGCUGGACAUGAUUCUGAGCUUCUGAAGCGCGCCGAGGAGGCCGCGAGGUUGGUGAAGCUGGAAGGACGUCAAGCUGGUGCCGGUGCUGCAACAGCUAUCUUCGAGCCAGUACCCAUCUUCAACGCAAAGGCGCAAUACAUCAACGUCACUGCUGGCAGCGGUCACGAGUAUGUUGCACCAGGGCCGAACGACCUCAGAGGACCAUGUCCGGGUCUGAACGCCUUCGCCAAUCACAACUUCCUCCCCCACAACGGAUACGCUAGUGUUCAACAAUACAUCGACGUAACACAAAAGGUCGUGGGCAUGGGGCCCAUUCUUUCGACCUUCCUCUCAGUUCUCGGUGGCGCCCUCGACGGCGACCUGUUGAACUGGUCAAUGGGCGGCACGCCAUCUCUCGCUCAAGGAGGUCCAACAGGAAUUCUAGGCAACGGGUUGACCGGAUCGCACAACAAAUACGAAGCCGAUGCCUCACCAACACGGCCCGACCUUUACCAGGCGGGUAACAACUACAAGACUGUCACUAGCCAGUUCCAGGAGUUGAUCGACUACUCCCCUGGUGGUGUAGUUACCCUUGAGAGCUUGACAAACUUCAGGAGCCAUCGGUUCGACGUUCAAAAGCAAACUAACCCCUACUUUUUCAAUGGGCCGUUCUCGGGCGUGUUGGUGCAACCUGCUGCGUACACCUUCAUCUUCCGCUUCAUGGCCAACCACAGCGCUGAGAACCCCACUGGUAUUCUCCCAUACGAUGUCAUCCAAUCUUGGUUUGGAGUCCAGGGUACCAACGGAAACUACAACGCAGUGCAAGGCUCGGAGCGCAUCCCAGAGAAUUGGUACCGACGUGCUCUUGAAUAUCCAUACGAGUCCACAUACUUCCUUGCGGAUGCUGUCAAUGCUGCCGUUCUCCAUCCUAAGUUUCUCGAUAUCGGUGGAAACACUGGUACACCCAACUCCUUCGUUGGUGUUGACGUAGCUGACCUGACCGGUGGUGUUUUCAAUGGUGCGUCACUCCUUGAGGGGAACAAUCUCGGCUGCUUUGUCUACCAGGCCUCAGCACAAGCCAAACCAGACAUCCUUCUCGGACCGCUCGACGCACUCACCAGUGCCAUUGGAGGUCUUGUUGGACAGUUGGGUUGCCCGAAGUUGGCCGCCAUCGACAAGCAAGUUCUUCAACAAUUCCCUGGUUACACUAAGUCACCCGUUUAUGGUUAG